AGAAGAAUCUAAUAAAUAAGUGAAGAAAAUAACUUUAGAUAACUCUGAAUGGUCUUUUGAAUUUCAGUGACAUUCAACAAGAACAAAGAUUACUCAGUUUGAUUUUUUUGUUUUAAAUUUUUUUUAGUUUGUUAAUCAUUAUGGAUGAAAGAAAUCAGGUGGCCACUGACCUGUUGAAUCUUACAACGCGCCUCAGCGAUAAAGUCAUGGAACUUCACCUCCCUAAUCUAUUUGGCGGGAAAGUAGCCAAGCGCUACGAUCCGGUGAAUUACGCUCGACAACCGUACCAGGAAUAUCUCAACAAGUUUUUCCCGCCAGGGCAAGAGCGACGCCCAGCGGGGAAAAAAAUUCUUUUCCUCGGCAUGAAUCCCGGUUGGGGAGCAGCACAGACAGGAGUCCCAUUCUGCGAAUCAGAUUCAGAUUGUCAGCUGCUGUCAAUCAACUGCACUGAAGUUGGACGUCCUAAAGAAGCAAAGACGGACGACACGGACGACACGGACGACAAUCCUUUUAAAAAUGCCAUUAGAACGAAAUGUGAGAAUCGACUAUGGAAGCUGCUGCUGAAACUCUUCGAUAACGACGUGAAGGCGCUCUUCAGUUCUCAGCUGGUCUUCGUGCACUACUAUUGUCCUGUGAUGCUGCUCGACUCCGAAGACAAAUACUUAGCCGUGAAGAAGCUUCAGGGUGGCGGGAGUGCUACUAAGGCUGGUCGCCGUAAGCUGGAGUCUCUGUGUGACGAGGCUCUACGCGAGGUCGUCAAGCUGCUCUGCGUGACGGACAUCGUCGCUGUGGGAAAAUAUCCAGCGCACGCCGCUCAACGCUCCUUCCAUACCGCAACCAAAACCGACAAUGUUAAGAUCCAUAGGAUCAGUCAUCCAGACAAUAAUAAACUGCUUUGGAACGAAACUGUUGAGAAAAUUCUUCGCGACGCCCAGCUUCUGUAAUACUUCCAUAAAUAUUCGAAGGCAGAAGUUUCUUCUUCUAAACUGGAUGAUCUCACGAAAAAUAUCUCGAAGACGGACUUUGGCCAAGACGAUGACGAGUGAGUAAUGGAAGAUAAAACAAACUGACCAAUAAAUGAAAAUUGAUGCACGCAAGGGUUGUCACUGCCUGAAAUUAUCGACAUUGUUUCAAGCCACUAAAUGAACAAGUUACAAAUUCGUAUCAGAAACUUUUUACAUAUUUGUACCUUAUUUUAAACUAAAUAUUUGCAAGAAACUUAUGUGAUAGAUCUAAUACAACGGACUCUCGUGCUAUUAUUGGAAACAAACUAUAAUCUUCAUCUAUAGAAAUUCUGCGUCACUGCAUCCGUCAUUGCUUGGGCUGAUGCAACAAGAGUUUGAAAAUUUUAACAAAGUUAACAAAAAAAUCACUGUUUUCAUUUCAUUUUCUCUCACUUAAGUAUCACCAAAUUACUGGUAUUCUUCGUUAUUUUAGGAGAUCCCCUGUUUAUAUGGAUUACAUCUCUUCAAUCUUGUUGCAAGCUUGUUGUACCUGGCAAUUUUUAAAUAGAUUUUGCAAUAAUAAUCUAUUCUACCUGUUUACAGUUAUACAGUCACAACAAACAACAUACAAACUAUGCAUCUAUGAUUUUCAUGACGUCUAUUUAGGUAAAAUUAUCCGUGAGUGAUGAUUUGAUUGAGUUUGUGAUUUUUUUUGCCUUAUAAAUGUCCAUUGCGGUUGAUUGCCGUUAUGUAAUGACUGGAUGAUAGUAUCAUCUCCAUUACAAAUCCGGUAAUGGUUCGAUACUGUCUGAUACAAUCACUCUUCGAAAUAACGGUCUGACCGGCGUUCUAGUGACCGGCUGCCCCUGGAAAUGAACCGUUUCAACUUUUUCAAAUCUUGUACGGGUUUCCAGUAUUGAAUAGGAACAAACAGCCACACAGUGUUUUUUCCCUUGCCGACCGGUCACUGAGAUGUCGAUAAGAGCGUUUUACGAUGAUUUUUUGAAGUGUUGCUGCCACUCUCGUCACAGUAGUUGUCUUGAAGAGAUCAAAAAACUAAUGCUUCUUAUGCUUUGAUUUAUUUGUGAUUCACUUCCGUAGAGGAGCCAAGAUACUAAAGUAAAGCUCGGCAGUAUGGAAGGUGCAACCAUGAAAGACGAGGCCAUGGAAUAAAAUAAUGGCUGGUCUUUGCAGCAUAGCAAGAAGCGGAAGGAAGGAGAAGGAAGAGCGAGUGAUGUAACUUUUAAUCUUAAUAAAAAAAUUGAUGUCUAAAUUCAUACAGUCGUAGGAAAAAAGACUACAUAGAUAUCAAAAAAUUUUUAAUUAUUAUUGACCCAUCAGAAAAAUAUGUUCCUUUGCUGGGGUCACCCAGGUUCGGCCAGCCGUACUAAUAGUACUUUAACGUAGACCCCAACAAAGGCUUGCAAUGAAAGACACUUCAGAAACCACUCUCUUGAAUAUGUAGUUCCAAAACUCACCUAAAGAAAAAGAACAAAGAAUAAAUAACCUGAACUAACAUAUAAACGAACAAAAGACAAAGUAUGAACAAACCUUCUGAUGAAUAAACUAAUCUAACUUUACAGAAUAUAACAGAAUAAAGAACAUCUCGGAAUAACCACAAAAUGCAAAACACAGGAACCAACAAAUAACCAAGUUAAAACACACCUUGACACUGUGGGUUCAAAUGCGGGACUCACUAACACGGACUAUAACCUACAAAUCUAACUUCCGCAUUUUUAAACUGAAAACUAAAAUUACAAAAAUACAAAAUUUUGAAAAUACUAAAUUCUAAUUCCCUAACACCUUUGACGUUUAUAUUAGUAAUUUAGUUGAUAAUAAUUUAGGAAUUUAGUUGAUAAUAGAAUAUUUUAAGACUGAUCUAGAUGUAUCGAACAAUCAAGGUAAUUGUGUUUGUUCUCGUAUGAAUAAGAUGCUCGAAUACACCAGAAAGUCUUUAUGAAGAGAUUUAAUUUUCACAAAUUCUCAAUUGAAGAACUGCAUGGGCUUCUAGCUUCCUAUAUAACUGAUUCCACUUUCUAUAUAAGAUUCUAUAUAGCAAAGUUUGACCUCUAAUCCCCAGCUGUGCGUGUCAUCUAUGUCAUAAACUAUCAAUUGUACUAAAAUUUUGUGCGUAAAUAACCACGUUCCAGCAGUGACAUUUGAGAGAGAUGCCCACAAUCUUAUUGUAUAUGUGACUCCUUCUCAUCUUAAAAUAUAGUUAUACAAUACUCUAAAUUUCUGCACCCAGACUGAUUGUCCUGCAGUUGUGUACGUUUCUCAGGUCAUUCUGGCUUCUCUAAAUGCACUUCCUUCUGACGUUCAAUAAAAUCUCCAUUGCUUCCGUUGGUCUCUGUUAUUUCCAAUUGCACCGCGAUUAAUUAAUGGAACUGCUAGAAAUUCUUGUAUCGUCCUAUCAACCUUGGUUAUGCCACGUCAGCAAUUUUCAUUCAAAAUUAUUGGAGUAAUUUUCACACAAACAAAACUCUAGUACAUUUGUUAAUUUACAAAUACAACCAAAUGGAUCAAAUCUCCUCUCAAGAAUCAUUAUUUGGUUUUUAAUCUUUUGAUCCCUCGAGAAUAUUACGCAAUUAUCGGUCGAUCGACUAAGCUCAUGUUGGAUCUCGUCUAAAAGCAUCAAAGACGGAGGAGCCUUUGAUGAAAUCUUUAAAAUGGUAUGACUGGUUGUACUUGCAUUUAAAACAUUUUAACCUGCGUGUUAGUGCAGUGGAUGCUCCAUAACUAUUUUUUACAUUUCAGAGACGAAACUCUUUCGUGUUGCGAAAUAUUAGAAUCAUAUUAGAUUGAAUAGUUCAAUUAUGUAUAUAAACAUCUGCUUAACGCUGGCGUUAACUAUUCUUCAUGGAAAUAUUAUUCCGGAAACCUAAUAUUGAAUAUUAAAGCAAAUUUUAAUUGCAAGCAGUUAGUAGAUUUAUGGCAGCAGCGCAUUAAUAGUUCAAUAUCAAUGUUAUGAAUACGAAUCCUUUAAAUUCUUCAGUAACUGAAUAACAAAGUUUUAUAAUGAAUACAAGUGAAAAACGCCUGUGGGAAAUAAAUUUUAUUUUCAUAGUUUUUAGAACACCUCAUAUACAAUUCUACGCAUGAUUAAACCUUGACAAGCCAUUUGCGUUUACAGUUUCGAUGCUUAUAUUGCAAAGAUCUGUCUCUUAUAUGCAUUACCGACGCGUCUCAUCCUGCUCUGUCCAGAAAUAUGUUCAACAUGGUGUUAGAAAGACCUAAUAAUGACUUUAAUAAUAACACUUAAUAACCACGUAUUUUCUAUGCUAAGAAGACUAGAUUAGUUAUCGAUUUGACACAAUAUACUUUUACUUGUCAAAAAUUCAAUUUAGCUGUAAAUUAGGCAUUGUGCUGAGUCAGGACAUUCUGUGCAAGUAUAAAAACGCCUGUUAAUCAUCUUAGUGAAUCUAAAAUUUCGAAUGUUUGAUAAUGCAUACUGCUUGUUGAAUAACUUGAUACUUUGAUGCUUUUUAUUGAAUAAAUGAUACUCGCUUUGCUGGUAUUCUAAAGUACACAUUUACCUAAUGUAUCCUGUCAGGUACAAAAACUAUAAAAUGUUUAGGGAGACAAGCAAGCAGUAGAAUUUGAAUCGAUUUGGUGCUUGGCACAAGCGCGUUAAAAUUGCGUGUAAAUCUUUUAAAAUUUUUUUGCUGCCUCCGGCGAGCAUCGUUAAUUAUUAAUUCAACUUAGGACACGAAGUUGAAGUGAGAAAAUUGCUUAUUAAGUCUGACCAUGAAUCAUUGAAUAAAUUUAUUUGAGUUUUAUAUGUUUUGGCAACAAUCAUGUGAAUUUAUAGUAAAUUUUCAUUGUUGCUUUCAAGAGAUCGCCACGAACCUUGCCUUCGAUGGCCAGAAACAUCGACAUGUGUCAUUUCGUGAAUCAAAUUUUUUACGUUUAUUUAAGGUUCUGGAUCGUUUUUCUCAUUCUGCAAACUACUGAAAACAUCAUUUUUAAAAUUUAAAGUCAGCCUAUGUCAUUUAAAGUUAUUUUUAAAAUAGAAAAGUAGCCUAUGUUUUAAGGCUAUCGUUAACAUCAAGUUCUGAGUUCAUUGAACAAACAACCAUGAACGGUCCCAGGGUAGCUAGUCCCGUCGGUGAUGUUUGCUUUGGAUUGGGCAAAAGGUCUUUCCCUAAACCUCUGCAUCUGUGAGCGCCUAAUUUCCUUAAUUAAACUGCCACAGCAAAAAACAUUACACCAGUACGUCCUCAUCGGAUGUGCUGUCGAACUUGUGAGUUCUCCAGCACGUACAGGGUGGCCAGACGGACUUUUUUCCGGACAAAUUCCGCAAUUAAUUUU